AAGACAUCAAGAAACAUCUCACGUGAUCAAAGGACACGAAAUCACAUUUAUUGUUGUAGAGGGUAUCUGACAUCCUUGUGUAUGGGAUUUAACAGCUAAAAUCUUCAUUAAACCUCAGAAGAUGUCUGCAGUGCAAAAUCUUUUAAAGACUAUCCACACAUUUCUGAAACGUUCUCCAGUUUACAGCUCUCUCCCAAUGAGUGUCUUGUCACUUGGACUGGAGAAGUUGGCGGAACUGAAUCUAUCAUGCCCAUGCAAUGGUUGGAAUGAAGGGCUAGUAACAAUCAUGUUUAUUGGACCUGCUUUAUUUUUGUGGGCAUUAAUGUUUGUCCUGUUAACCCCAUUCAUAUACUCCUCUAAGGACUGUAAAUGUUGUUCAAAAGUUAAAUGUUGUACUUCAGAAAAUAUUUUAAGAAGGAAUAGGCAUAUAUGUUUCAAAGCUUUUGCACAUAGUCUGUUUCCUUCUAUUAUGUGGGUCAUUUUCUUGUUUCUUGAUGGCGAUUAUCUGGCUUGUUCCCAUACAACUUGGGUAGGACAUUAUGUUUUUGAUCAAAAGCUAAACAGAAAGUGGUGUCAACCAUCUAUCCUUGCCAAUGCUGGUAAUGAGAAUGAUUUACAAAAGAAGUAUCAGAAGAUUGUCGGAAUAUCUCAGGUGGUAGGUUAUGCAAUGCUCGGUUUAUUUGGAUUGCUGAUAAUUAUAGGUUUCUGGGGAUGCUACAUUGAAAUAUCUAGGACUAAAGUGACUGACGUGGAGACUGAACAAGUAGAGGAUGGCAUGGAGACUGCUGGACAAGUAGAGGAUGGCAUGGAGACUGGUGGAUUAGUAGAGGAUAGCAUGGAGACCGGUGGACAAGUAGAGGAUUGCAUGGAGACUGCUGGACUAGUUGAGGAUGGCAUGGAGACUGCUGGACAAGUAGAGGAUUGCAUGGAGACUGCUGGACUAGAAGAGGAUUGCAUGGAGACUGGUGGACAAGUAAAGGAUUGCAUUGAGAUUGCUGGACUACUGGAGGAUGUUAUGGAGACUGCUGGACAAGUAAAGGAUUGCAUUGAGAUUGCUGGACUACUGGAGGAUGUUAUGGAGACUGCUGGACAAGUAAAGGAUUGCAUUGAGAUUGCUGGACUACUAGAGGAUGUUAUGGAGACUGCUGGAGAAGUAAAGGAUUGCAUUGAGAUUGAUGGACUACUAGAGGAUGUUAUGGAGAUUGUUGGACAAUUAGAGGAUGGCAUGGAGAUUGCUAGACAAGUAGAGGAUGGCAUGGAGACUGCAGGAAAACUAAAGGAUUGUAUGGGGACUGCUGGACAAGUAGAGGAUAACAUUGAGAUUGCUGGAAAUGUAGAGGAUGGCAUGGAGACUGCUGGGAAAGUAGAGAAGGACAUGGAGACUGCUGGACAAGUAGAGGAGGACAUUGAGAUAGCUGGACAACUAGAGGAUGGCACGGAGACUGCUGGAAAAGUAGAGAAUGACAUGGAGACUGCUGGAAAACUAGAGGAUAACAUUGAGAUUGCUGGAAGUGUAGAGGAUUGCAUGGAGACUGCUGGAAAAGAAGAGGAUGCCAUGGAGACAGCUGGACAAGUAGAGGAUGCCAUGGAGACUCCUGGACAAGUAGAAGAUGGCAUGGAGACUUCUGGAAAAGUAGAGAAUGACAUGGAGAGUGCUGGACAAGUAGAGCCUGAGGAUAUGGGACAAUUAGAGACUCGAAGGCUGAUUGAGGUAAAGCGUCUCACACAAGAUCCACAGGGAAAGAGAAGUGACAUGCAGACUGGUGCACACUCUAGUGCACAAGAUCCACAGGAUGAAGUAGAGGAUAACAUUAAGGAUGAGUGUAAGUGUUGUACUCGCUGUUUUUGUCAAUAAAGUCUUUUGUUAAACCCCUUAUUCCCCACUACAUCCAUUUGGGUUCUUCCUACCCCGAGACCCUUGACAGAAUGAACGAAUCCAGGAUCCCUUGUCUUGGGCCAGUCCGGUGUCCAACCCCGGUGUCAAGCCCUGCCCAGACGGCUUUCCAGCCGGCGUCUCAGCCGGUCUUCCAGCCGGUGACUCAGCCAGUACCCAGCCCAGUUUUUGGUUCGGCACCCUGUUCGGUUCUGCCGACAGCCUGCCCCCGUCAUGUCCCCUGUGACCGAGCGCUACCGAGCACCCCCUAGGACUAAGACUAUUCCCCCUUGUCCUAGCCCCUCUGGACUUUCCAUCACUGUUUUUGUCAAUAAAGUCUUUUAUUAAAUCCCUUAAUCUCCACUGCCUGCAUUUGGGUUCUUCCUACCCCUGGAAAUGUUGUUUCAAGGAUGAUUUAAAAAGAACUUGUUGUCAACCAACUGAAUUGCCCCUUACACCAAAUGAGAAUGAUCUCACACAGUGGUCACCAACCCUGCUCCUAGAGUUCGACCGCCUGAAGAUUUCAGCUCUAACCCCAAUCAAACACACCUGAAGUAUCUAAUCAAGGUGUUCAGGUUUGCUUGAUAAUUACAGACAGGUGUGCUGAAGCAGGGUUGGAGCUACAGUCUGCAGGACGGUCAAUCUCCAGUAGCAGGGUUGGUGACCACUGAUCUAACACAUAGUUUGUUUAAUAGGUUGGCAUUCUGACCACAAAUAGUUUUAUUUCCAUAGCACCAGUGGACAUUUCUAUAUAAUCACAUGGUAAAUCUUGUCCAAAGCCCGUCACGGAUUGCAUUGUUGAAGAUAUUUUGGGCUUUUGAGUUUAUGGAGAGGUGUCCAGAUUUUUUUUUAAUCACUCAAAACUAGCUUUCAACAUAAGCUUCUUGUUUGUCGGUUUUAAAUUUAAAUUUAAAUUAGAUUUUGUUUUAGUGUGUACCUGCAAAUAGCCAAACAGGGAGCACACAUAAGAUGGGGGACCAUCGAGAGCUUGUCACAACAAGUCAAGCAAAUAAAGGUAAGUCUUAAAUCAUUGUAUCACCUGAAGUAGCCCUUUAUAAGAUCUUUGUUUAUAACUUGUUUCAAAUGAUGUACAGUGUAUUGUUCUCACCAUAAAAACAUUUAAAAUUGACCAAACUUUGCGGAGACUGUGUUGAACUGUAAGUUGCUUUGUCUGCUAAAUAAAAAAAAUGAUAACCUAAGUGAUUUCUGUAAUUGACCAUUAGUCAGUUACAGUCAUUAGACAGUGUUAAUAAACAAUAAAUCCUUUAUAUUUGCUAUUGUAAGGUUCAAGAAACAUGUUGGUAUCUAUAGGAUUUGUAGUGCAGGCUUCUUUUGGAUAGUAAAUUGUCAUUACUUUCUGAUGGAUAGCUUAACUGUGGCAUGAUCUAGCUCAAGCAGCAUAAGCCCCACAUCUUCACAUUUACAGUUAUGCAUUUAGCAGACGUGAGUUACAUUGCUUUAUCACAUACAUUUAUAGAUUGGAAUGUGCAAUCCCCUGGGAUCGAAUCUACAACCUUGUGUUGUUAACGCAUUGCUCUUACCACUGAGCUACAGGAAAGCUACAUGUACAUUUGUACUGUACCUAAAUUGCAUUCAUCCCAAUCAGUUUUGCAUUCAGCCUAUUACAUUUUGUCAUAUUUUAUCAUGUAUUCUCUGGGAUUAAACAUGAAGCAGAGUGGGAUCUUAGGUCACAUGCCUGCAGUUACAAAACUGAAAGUGAAAAAUAACAAGUCAUGCUGUUCCAAGAUAUUUAACAAACAUAUAUAUUCUGACUUAAAUGUCAUAAAUGAUUUGCAAGAAUAUUGAAUGGAAUCUGUUUAAGUAGAAGAAUUCUAUUCAGAUACAUUUAUAUGUCUGUUAAUAGUGUCAAAAGAGCUUUUCAGAGCGAUGAGCUUUGUUAAAAAUCUGUGCUUUUCAGAGAGGCGGAGCAAAGAGGAGAUACAAACAUGCACGGUAUGUGGAAAAUACAGUUUUUUUUAACUUAAAUCGUAUACACACAUUGUAUUACAUCUAAAGCAAACAAUCAUUUUUGUUUUAGCCGAGUCAAAUGACGCCUUUAAACAGAAUGUGUAGUUAACCUAUUGAACAGGCCUAUGCAGGAAACCAGAGCGAUCCACAACACGAGUUUCAGGGGUACAUCACCAUAUCAAAGGUAAAAUAAAUUCCUCAUAUUACAUCCUCUUUCCGAAUUUCUGAAUUGUUAGGUUCAUUUGGGUUUUCAUGAUAUUAAUUUAAUUAUUUGUAUUGUAUUUUCCCCUAAGCAUGUGGUUAUGCAGUGCUUGGUCUCUUCUGUGUUCUUAUCUUUUUCAUCUUGGGUCUUUAUGACUGCUGUUUUAGUGGAAAAUGUUCCAACUACAAAAAAUACUUUUCUUGCUUAAAAAAAUUGCUUGUUGUGGGGAGCAGCAAAAUGGGGACCAAGAUAGCGUAGAGCGUGUACAACCUCAACCAAACAAUCCUGACCCCAGCACCUCCCCCAACACUGGAGAUUAAGAUGAGGUUAAUUUGGAUAAAAAUGUACAAAUAUUCUUGUACAAUCUUGUUACUUUCAUUUUUUAAAUGAAAAAAACAUUCAAAGUCUUCUUUGUUUUGAUGUUUCUUACACGUUUCCAUUCAUUGCACGCCUUGACUGAAACCAGUUUUUUUUAUAUUUCUGGUUUGAAAACCAUCCAGUUGUAAAAGACAUUUAAAGGUAGAACAUCACUUUUGUAUUGUAAGAUAUAGUAGAAUUGAGCCACGAUUUUUCUGUCCUGUUGGACAUUAAAUUUUAUUCCAUGCCCCUGAUGAUAUGCAAUAAAGAGUAAAAACUGCAAAUACAACCCCAUAUGAAAGACAUUUGUCGCACUUCCAUUGUAUGGACACAAAACACUUAUCAUGUAGAGUGAAUAAAUGAUGAUAUCAUUUUUAUUUUUACAUUUCAUUUAUAUGUAUGCAUUUGGCAGACGCUUUUAUUCAAAACGACUUACAUUGCAUUAUCCUAUAUAUUUAUACAUGGGUAUGUGCAAUCCCGCUGCUCCCGUCCAGCUCUUCCCAGUCCCUGCUCGUCCCGUCCAGUUCUUCCCAGUCCCCGCUGGUCCCGUCCAUCUCUUCCCAGUCCCCGCUCGUCCCGUCCAGCUCUUCCCAGUCCCCGCUCGUCCCGUCCAGUUCUUCCCAGUCCCCGCUGGUCCCGUCCAGCUCUUCUAAAUCUUUUAAGUACUUGCUUGUCCUAUCCAUAAGGUCAGAAACCAUAAAAAAUACAGAAAACGAGAGCAAAUUUAUAAGAAAACACAGAAAACAUGAUAUUUAACAUUGUUUACAAUAUUUUACAGAACUUCUCUGAUACGUAUGACCAUAACAUAACGUCAAAGUGUAUAAUAUCAUUCUUACAUUUACUGGACGAAUGUAUAGAAGUUGAAAUUGUUAUCAGAGACUGUAAAAUAUGUUUAUUUAAUGAUGUUUAUUAUACAUAUUUUCCUGUGAGCUGAACUAAUUCCCUGACAGAAGUUGAUGUUUAAAAAAACUAAUUUCAUGGAUGUGAUAUUGAUAGAUCUGGUGGAGAAUCAUAUUUGGUAGCUAAAUUCAUCAUUGUUUUAAACUACAAAAGUCACGAAAAACAAAGUUUUGUUGAAAAACAAAGUCACGAAAUGUAAACAAAGUGUAGAAUAGAAUGUGUAAUUUAAAGUCAUGCACAUAGAUUCAGUGUGUUAAACUUCAAUGUCUAAAAAUAAAAAAGUAACGCAUCUACUGAUAAUAUUGCUAUAAAAAUUAAUUAACAUCUUGUGUUUUGAAGGGAAGCUGACCACUACUGAAAAAUCUUGGAAACUGCUACAGAUUUUUUAGAAGAUGCCUUCAGUGCAGAGUUUUCUAAAGUCCUUGCAAGUAUUUUUGACUGAGAAUACCGGUCAGAGCUCACUAACACUGAGUCUUUUGUUAAUUGGAUUGGAGAUAUUGGUUGAAUCACACCUUUCAUGUCCGUGUAUAUAUUCGUGGAAUAUUGGGCUUAUAGUACUCAUCUUCGUUGGACCUCUUCUGUUUAUACUUCUAUUUAUGUGCUUCAUGUUAAGACCCUGCAGACACAAAUGCUGGUGUUCUUGUUGUAAAAAACCAAGCUGUGAUGAGAAGAGUUAUCUUAAAGCGUUGGGACAUUGUCUGAUUCCUCCUGUUAUAUGGAUCAUCAUCUUGUUAAUUGAUGGGGAUUAUGUGGCUUGUGUUGCGACACAAUGGGAAGGAAAUUAUGUUUUUGAUAAAGAACUAAACAGAAUGUGGUGUCAACCCACUCAAUUGAACCAUACAGAAAAUAUGAGCAAUUUACAACAUGAAUAUUUGCUGUUUAUCACCAAAUCUCAGGUAAAUAUACAGUAAUAACAUUUAUUGUCUUGUUUUAAGAAUAUCAUGCAUUUACAUGUAAGCUAAAUUAGAUACACAAUAAGGAAUGAAUAUGUGUGCAUGUUUACACUUGUAAACAUCAACACACGUGUAAAGAACAUUUUAUUUUGAUAGUCCACUUAGACAUUUAAAAAUAUAACUUUACAACUGACUAAAUCCCAUUUUAUUCUCAUUAAACUAUAUGCAGAUUGUUAGGUUAAAGUUAGGGUUGGGAACGCUCUUAAAAGAAAGGUGCCUUCGAUGCCAUAAGAACCUCUUGAUUCAAUAAAGAACCUUAAGCACCUGAAUAUUAUUUGAAAAAAUAAGGUUCUUUGUGGUAAAAAAGAUUCUUUAGAGUAUAAAAGAGUAAGAAAGAGAUAAUUCUUUAAAGAACCUUUGGCAGAAUUCUUCUUUGUGGAACCAAAAAUGGUCCUUCUAUGACAUCGCUGUGAAUAACCAUCUAAGCCCCAUUUAUUUUUAAGAGUGAAUGGGACUAAGAGAAAAAGUUGACAUGUAGUAGCAAAGUUACUUAUAGUCACUAGUAUUUUUUUUUUUGGAGACCAUACAGUUUUAAUGGAUAUAAAGCAAAGAGUUUAAAGUCUAAAGUGGACUAUCGAAAAAAAAUAUAACCAUGUGUAAUCCACUGUGCUUCAUGUAGAAGUUUUAAUUUAUAUUCUUUUGUUUUCUUCAUGUAUUGUUUUUCCAGGUAACAGGUUACAGUCUUAUGACUUUCAGCUUUAUUAUUAUUAUCUGUUUGUGUUGUUAUGACUGCAAAAAACGGUCACAGAACCAACCGCCUGACCAACCUGUAGAGUUGACCCAAACAUCUACUCCAGCACCAAAUGAGACUGCACCACCUAGCACAUCUACAAUAGAGCAGAACCCGACAACCCAUGAUGAACAAGAGGAGAGUACACCACUUAACACAUCUACAAUAGUGCAGAACCCGACAGCCCAUGAUGAACCAGAGGAGAGUAUACCACUUAACACAUCUAGAAUAGUGCAGAACCCGACAUCCCAUAAUGAACCAGAGGAGAGUACACCACUUAACACAUCUAGAAUAGUGCAGAACCCGACAUCCCAUAAUGAACCAGAGGAGAGUACACCACUUAACACAUCUACAAUAGUGCAGAUCCCCGACAUCCCAUAAUGAAACAGAUGAGAGUACACCACUUGCCCACCCAUAAAAGAGUUGAACCCAACAUCUCUUCAAGUGGCCAACCGCAUAGAACAGUGAUUUAUUCAAAUAAUUACAUCCCAUUGCUUAAAAUUUUUACUUUUAACUAUUUUAUUUUGAAAUGAUGCUUCUUUGUUCUUUUACAUUCUAUGCAUUACAUUUAUGCUACUGCAAUCAGCUAUUUCA